CAUGCUUCCAAAUGGAGAGGAUGUCGCUUACCGACCUUACCUGUUCAAACGAAGAAAAGGAUUGGGAGAUAGAUGCUGUUCAUGUGAUGUUCCUUGAGGAAAUAGGAAAAGGAGCAUUUGGAAAGGUCUUCAAGGUUAUAGUUCGGCAGCCUGAACCAGUGACUGAACAAGAAAUUGUCCUCUCAAGAUUAAGAGGAAACUCCAGAGAUAGGAAACUAAGCAAGAACAACUUGAUUGCAGCAGCAAAGACGUUACAUGAAAUUGCAAAUGAUGACCAACGACAAGAAUUUAUAGCAGAAAUCAACCUAAUGAAGAAACUCGGCAGCCAUCAAAAUAUUGUCAACUUUCUCUAYUGCUGCACCACUAGUGAACCUAAUUUCCUCAUCGUGGAGUAUUUACCAAAGGGCGACUUGCUGAAAUACUUGAGGACAUACAGAUAUAAGCUCAAAUAUUGUGAAAAUGAAAAAGUCAAUGUGAGAUGUUAUCAAAAUGUAGACGCAUUAGCUUUACCUAAAAACCUUCAAGCGGCAAAUUCGAGGAGAGAUAGUGGUAGUUCAGGUACAAAGCCACAGUUACAAACCCGAUACGUGAGGAGGCUUUCUCAUCUGAAUACUGGUUUUGAAGACGAGGCGAAACAAGAAGACAUUAUGCAAGAAGGAAAUUCCAAUGUUGCCGAAGACGUAGAAGAUGACAACAUUACUCCUAAGGAUUUAUUAUCCUUUGCCUAUCAGAUCGCCUCAGCAAUGGAAUAUCUAUCCUUAAAAGGCUUUGUUCACCGUGAUUUGGCGGCUCGGAAUGUUCUUGUAGCAGACGACAAACGAGUGAAAGUCACAGAUUUCGGCUUGACUCGUGACGUGUACGAAGAGAGUGCCUACCAUGUUCGUGCACAGCGGAAACUUCCAAUCAAAUGGAUGGCACCGGAAUCACUUUACGACCACGUUUUCACAACAGCCAGUGACGUAUGGUCAUACGGAAUUCUGCUCUGGGAAAUAGCUACCUUGGGUGGUGUUCCUUACCCUACGUUGUCAACUAGCGAUGUAUAUAAUAUGGUUCGUCGUGGACACAGGAUGGAGAAACCAGAAACAUGCUCAGACGAACU